CACCAUUCUCCACAUUUUCUGCUGCAACACAAAACUAUUGCCUCACCAUGACUCGUCUCUUACUGGAAGUGAUGUCUUCAGCAGAACCCUCCACAUCUAAGUCGCGGUCUACAGCCUUGUUCUUUUUUCUUGGAGGGAUAGUCAUGCUCAUCAUCCUGCUUAUAAUUGUAUAUAUCUUUCGGAAAAAGAUCAAACCAGAAGAGAUUAAGAAGUUGGUAGCAAGAGCAAGAAAACGGCCAGCAUCGACAGACGCAUUCAGUGGAAUCCUUAGAACAAUAAGCUAUUUUGACUUCCCAACAUUGAAGAAGGCAACGAAGAACUUCCAUAAGAGCAAUCUACUUGGGAGAGGUGGCUUCGGCCCUGUCUACAAGGGAAAAUUAAAAGAUGGGAGGUUAAUUGCUGUUAAGAGGUUAUCUCUUGAUAAAUCCCAACAAGGAGAAAAUGAGUUUCUUGCAGAGGUAAGGUUGAUCACUAGCGUCCAACACAGGAACUUGGUUCAACUUGUUGGAUGUUGUUCACACGGGCCUCAGCGACUCUUGGUAUAUGAGUACAUGAAAAACAAGAGCUUGGACCAUAUAAUAUAUGGGAAAAGUGAUCUGUUCCUGAACUGGAGCACUAGGUUCCAGAUAAUUGUUGGAAUCGCUAGAGGCUUACAAUAUCUACAUGAGGAUUCCCCACUAAGAAUUAUCCACCGAGAUAUCAAGGCGAGCAACAUUCUUCUUGAUGAAAAGUUUCAACCAAGGAUUGGAGAUUUUGGGCUAGCUAGGUUCUUCCCUGAAGACCAAGCUUAUCUCAGUACAACAUUUGCGGGAACUCUAGGAUAUACAGCGCCUGAAUAUGCUAUUAGAGGACAACUGUCUGAAAAGGCGGAUAUAUAUAGUUUUGGAGUCCUUGUGCUUGAAAUAAUUAGUGGCAGGAAAAACACAGAUCUUAAGCUAGCAUCAGAAAUGCAAUACCUGCCUGAAUACGCGUGGAAGUUAUACGAGAGAUCAGAGGUGACUGAUCUACUCGAUCCAAAACUGCAUGAAGAUGGAUUUGAGGGGAAGGAUGUUAUGCAAGCAAUCAAUGUGGCAUUCUUAUGCCUUCAGCCUCAUGCAAAUCUGAGACCCCCCAUGUCAGACAUUGUAGCAAUGUUAACAUGCAAAGUUCAGAUGACUGAAACACUACCUAUGAAACCGGCCUUCUUGGACAGAAGACGAAAGAAGGAUGAAAACAUUUCAUGGGACACAAUGUCUGAUGUUUUCCCCUCUCCCAUUGAUCAUAGUGAAUCUCCCUCGUUACCUAAACAACAUACUUGAGGGCAACUUCAUGAUCCUGUCUUUCAAAGGAAAAUGAAUUGGUACGAGGUUCGAUCUUCUACGAGGAACAUCGUAUGAAUAUUCUCAAAUGUAGCUUCACAUAAUAUGUCACAUAUAUAAUUGCUUAUCUCUUCAUUUUUAGUAGAGGUACUUGGUGGUAAAAUUUUGUUAGGCUUACUGUUGAGGAGCAUAGAACUGGGUAUGAUUUUUGUUGUUAUAUAUCAGAAGCUGAAAUACCUCCUUC